UGUCUGACAUAAUGCUCGGUGUUGUUUGUCUGUCUGAACCUAAUUAGUUUUAUAUGAAGUCACACUCCUAAAAGCCGGCAGAAGAAACGCAGUCAUUUACAACACCGCGGUGACGCAACAGUGAGAAAGAACGCAGCACCAUGUGGAGUAUAAAAGGCGCAUUUGGACACGUUUAAUAACAUUCCUCUCAUGAGAAAACACAGGAAAUAAAGGGGCAUCAUGCCAAUUUCUCUGCUAAUAAUGGUCCUAAUUGCCUUUCCACUGUCUUCCAGUGGUGGAAAAUGGACUUAUGAAGGACCUGAUGGAGAGCACCACUGGACCAGGAAUUACCCAUUCUGUGGAGGGGCAUUCCAGUCUCCCAUAAACUUCCAGCCUGAACUGCUAAGAUUUGAUCCAAACCUGCUUCCCAUUCAGCUACAGGACUACAACCUCUCUAGCAAAGAGCAGCUCACCCUUAGCAACAAUGGACACUCUGUGCAGCUCUCUCUACCAUCCCGGAUGCAUCUCGCUGGUCUUCCUUAUCAAUACUCUGCAGCUCAGCUUCACUUCCACUGGGGCUCCUCCAACAUGCCAGCUGGCUCUGAACACACUGUCAAUGGCAAGCAGUUUGCUGCUGAGAUGCAUUUGGUUCAUUUCAAUUCUGACAAAUAUCCCAACAUCUCCAUAGCACUGGACAAGUCUGAUGGUCUUGCAGUGAUUGGUGUUUUUAUUGAGGUUGGAGAGCACAAUCCUGCUUUCAAUCAGUUCCUCAAAUAUAUCAAGGGUAUUAAAUAUAAAGGUCAGAAAGUGCAGGUAGCAGGCUUUAACAUUCGGGAGCUGCUUCCUGCUCGUCUGGAUGAGUACUACCGUUACGAUGGCUCUCUUACUACUCCUCCCUGUUACCCCAGCGUGCUCUGGACAGUAUUCAGGAAUCCAGUCAGCAUCUCUCUCAGACAGUACCUGGAUUUAGCCACUAUUCUGUGCUCUUCUCAUGCACAAGAGGCAGCCCCAAAGCCUUUGUUUGGGAACUACCGUAAAACCCAGUUAAUGGACAACAGAGUGGUUCUGGUCUCCUUCCAGCAGAGCUGGGGGCUGCAUGGUAUCACAUCAGUGGCAUCUCCCAUGCAGAGGAGGCAGGUCAUCCAGCAGCUACUAAAUGGAGACCUUGCAGAUCUUGCAGAUGGAGAACUACAUCAUCUUUUGCCGAAACUCCAAAGAAAGCCUUGGGCUGUUAAAAAGUUGAGAAACAAACCAGUGGAACAGCACUUUGGUGAAGUCACUGAGAAACAUCAAAAGAACAAGGGGAUUGACACCACUGGAAACAAUCAACAAUCAGUCUGGAAGAACAGCCAUGCAAGCUCCAGUGGAGGGAUGUCUGGUAUAAAUGAUGAUGCAUUGUGUUUUAUAUCCCUGGAAAAAAAUGUAUCUGUUUGGAUCAGGAGACAUCAUGAGAAUACUCAGAUGAUCCAAGCUUUGAGAAAAGCUGUGUUUCCAGAGUUGAACCUGAAGAGCUACUUAAACUGCAGGUCUGAUUUGGAUCUGCAAACAAUCAGAUACCUUCUUCGUUCCAGACCCACUGAUGAGGCAAAUGAGCUGGAUCAGGCCCUGACCAAAGCCAGUCAGAAGCAUAAGCAAAAGCCCAUGACACAGUAUCAGGGCUCGGCACUGACCAAGCUAACUGGGCAGACCCAAGCUGCUGUCCUGAAGAAUAGCCACAACAUGGUGCCCACUAAUCACAGACUGCAGCCUAUGGAGUGGGAGGAUUAAACCCCACUGAGGCCAUAAACACAGGCUGUAGAGAACAUUAUAACAGUCAUCAAAGUCCUUCUAUAACGCAGGCUCUGAACAUUUAGUUCUUAAAAACCUCUGUUAACUUAACCAGACUUUUAGUAGUACUUUGUCGCAAUGGGUUUAUGGGCUUAGAAAAUUUUACUUUUACAGGUACAGGUGUUCAAAACUAAAAAUGGCAGAAUUAGUAAUGUUUAUGUGACACGUGAUGCAUAGUAGUUUAUACCUGUACUGUAGAGACAUGGUUUUGGCAUUUCACAACACAAAUCCUACCAAAGGUUUUUUCACUUUUGGACAUAUUUGUGUGAUGUUGGUAUGAGCAAUACUGUAUGUUCGGAUAUUUCUAUUGCGUGCCUCAUGUAGCAGACAAAAUUCAUUUUAACUAGGAAGUAAGUGCAGAUCACAAAAUUAAGUCAAAACCUAAUUCAGUGUAUUUUUAAAAUUCAUUCCUGACAAAGAUAUUUUUGUAUUUGAAUGGUUUAGGUUUUGUCACAGUAAUUACACAGUAAAACAAUUACAGACACACACAAUGGACAGUGGUAGCAAAUGAUAAAAAAAUUAUGGUGCUUAACAACAUAAACAUUCCGUGUUUAUUGUGUCUGUCAGACAGCUUUAGCUGUGUGUUUACGUCAAAGUGGGAGCAUAAAGGAAAGAACAGUGCGUGGCUUGAAAAAUGGAGAUUGCUCAUGAUGUGUUGAAGAAAAUGCAAUAAAGCACUUAAACUGCA